AUGAGGCGGCGGCGGCCGGGCGGCGCGAGAGAGCGAGCGAAACGGGAGUCGCCUGCGACAACACACGCCGGGGAGUCGCAACCCCGUCCGCCGCACUCGCGGACCGACCCCGACACGACCGGGAAACGCAACCACGACCACCUCUCCUCCUUCUUCUUCUUCCCCCGCGGCAUCGGGAGAGCCGGACGGCCAACACCGGGCGCGGAGCGAGGGUUCGUUCGGGCGGGGGAGGGAAGGGAGCGGCGGGGCGGAGGAGCGGCCGGCGACGGCCACCCGCGGGAACGACGGAUCCGCCACCACCGCCGACACCACGGGGGGCGGAGGCGCGGGACGGUCACGGGGGACGGCGGGGGCGGAACCGGGAAAGCCACACCCGUCGGAGCCCCCCGCGAGACCCGUCGGAGCCCCCCGCGAGACGGACACGCCCCCGGGCGCGACACACCGCGCCUAUUUGGCCACGGCAAGAAACCGCGCCGGCGGGAACGGCGGGGGUCCGUGGGCGGGACGGGGCCUCGGCGGGCCCCCACACGCAACGGCAGCGAGACCGGGAGCGGGCGGGAGAGACCACCCCAACGGGGCGCGGCGGGAGAUCUGGCGGCAGCCGAGCCUCGGCGAGAGCCGGAGGAACGGGGGGGACCCGUGAAAACGCCGACCGCGUCGCGGGAGAGACGGGAGGCGAGACGGGAGAGGUCGGCGAACGGCCUUAACCCGCGCGGGGGGGGGGUUAACCGACGGGGGGAAGGGCGGAGAGACCACCACGGCAGAGGAGGGCCGCCGAGACCUCGGGGAGAGGAGGAAACAUCGACCGGAGCCCCCGCCGCUACAGGGCGACGGGGCCGGAAGAGCCCCCAGACGCACCUCGGCCGGCGGACCCACCAAAGACGGGUAAACUGCAGCCGCAAGCCCCUUCUCCCCUCGCGGGGGGCCGGACGCACGCGGGAGACCUCCCCCGGCGCCACACAACGUCCACACGCAGAACGCGGCCGCAGCCGCGGGGCCGGGACCGCCCUCCAACUGCUCCACCCGCACACGCCGAGCGGCCUCUCCCGGACCGCGCCGAACGCCCGAGGCGCGACCGCGCGUGCACGGGGCGACCCUCCCCCCGAGGGGGGCACGGGUCCCGGCCAGCACGGCCGCGGGGGUCGGCCCGGACACGAGGGAGCCGGCAGCGGCGGGCGGGGAGGGGGAACGACACGGCAAGGACGAGAUGCCGGCGACGGCGGGGGCGACGACGGGAACGGGCCCCCUCACCCGAGCACGCACCGAGAGAGAGGCCGCCCCCGCCCUGGCGGCGACCGGCCGAACACCGGGGGGCGAAAACGGACGGGAAUCACACCGCUCACACUCCGGGAGCGGUCCCGCCACACCCGCGGCGCCGAACCGAGUCGACCCCAGAAACGACGACGGCCCCCCCCAACGGGGAGCCCCGGGGAGACGCAACGCGAGAGGCUGCCGAACGCCGACGCCACCGCCGCCGAGGGCCCCUCGAGCGGGAACGGGACCCCCCCGACGUCCGACGACGAGCCGGACGCGGCCGACCGCCGUCUCCAAAAGGCCGCCCCCGAGAGAGAGAUCGAUACACCGCCGAGACCCGGACGACCCCGGAUCCCCCGGAGGGGGGAAAGGUCACCCGCGCUCCCCCAACCGUGGGAACGCUGCCGAGGAGGGGGGGCGAGCGGGACGACGCCCCGCCACACGAACAGACCACAACGCACGCACCACGCGCGGCAACGUCCAAGUCGCGGGAACGGCAAAGACGGGGACGCGCACGGGAGGGCCGCACGCGGCGGGCGGCCACGGGGUGGGGGCAGGGGAACAGGGACGGGUGGGACCGGGAGCCCACCACCGCCCUUCCGCUACCCGUCCCGCGGCGCCCCACGGGGAUGGGAUGGGGCAGACCGCGCGCGCGCGGGGGUGCACACGCGGCCCUUCCACCACCGCUACCGCCAACCUCCGCCACGAGAACCCAACACUCCGCGACGCCGGCAUGACGCCGAGCUCUUGCCCCGCGUGAUCCCUCCCCGGACUCGGAGCGAGGAGGCGCGGGCCGCGCUAGAGAAGGAACGCUUUCUCACCGAGGGCGGGGCAUACCCAACCCGACCAAGCACCCCCGGCCGCGGCCAGCCGGAGAAACGACGUGCGUGCGGGCGUGACGCUCACACAACUCGACCUCCGUCGAGCAACGGGGGGGAAGACACGCACGCGGGGGGUCUGCGUUAUGGCCCGCCUCCCGGGACACGCCGAGGGCACACGGCACGCAACGACGCGGUGGACGCUCACCCGACGAGGGGCCCCCCCUCUCGGAAACGGGCACCCCAAGGAGCCUCUCACCGGCCUUUGGGUCAUUACACUCGACCCCCCCUCCUCCUUCUCCUCUACCGUGUCUCCCGCACCAGCGGAGCGGGCACGGACCCACAAGAGGGACGGCAAACAACGGGAACAAGCCACGCACGCCGCAAGCAAGCAAAGCCGAGCACAGGAGGCGCCAGAGGGAACGGGAAACGCCACCGCCGCUCAGAAGCGGGCACCUCGAAGUCCUGGGACGCUCCAGGGGCACCGCGAGGAUCGCAAAGAACGAGGCGCGCGCACACCGACCGGGAGCGGCACGCGACGCCGCAGAUGAGCCACCCUCCCCCGGCCCGGGGAAGGGGGCUCAAGGGGCCACACGGGCAAAACGAACCCACACGGAGCCCCACGCACUGCAGCAACGAGUGCGCGGGCACGGGGCUCAGGCCGGGCAACCGCACCCUUGCCUUCCACACACCACCACGGGCGGGUGGGGAGGAGAGACGAAGGGCCCGCUGGCAGAACGAGAGGAGCGGGCGCCAUUCACAAUGA